CUAUUUUUCUCAUCCUUCACUACUGAACACAUAAUACAACUUAAUUAAUUUGAAUUCUAGUACUGAAAAAUGGGUUCAAGAGUAGCAAUACUCAUGCUUGGCCUCUUGGCCAUUGUUCUUAUCUCUUCAGAAGUGGCUGCUAGAGACUUACCCGAGGCUUCACCUAACAAGGAUGAAGCUGGUACAGAGGCAAAUGAAGUGGGUGAGGCCAAGUAUGGAUACGGUGGUGGUAACUAUGGCCACGGUGGUGGUAACUAUGGCCACGGCGGUGGAAGCUAUGGCCAUGGUGGGGGAGGAUAUGGCCACGGUGGCGGAGGAUACGGCCACGGUGGCGGAGGAUACGGUCACGGUGGAGGAGGACACGGAGGAGGAGGAUAUUGCCGUUACGGUUGCUGCGGCAGCGGAUACGGUGGGCGGUGCAAGUGCUGCUCUUACGCCGGUGAAGCUGCUGAAGCUGAACCUCACAACUAAGCGAGUGUUUAUUACAUAUUAUGCUUCAAUAAUAUGUAAUAAAUAAUUAUUAUUAUAAUGGCAUUUCAGUGAAUAAAUGAAGCUCGUGAGAUGAGAGAGAGACAUAUACAUGUAGAGAAAGAGAGAAAUAGUAGAUAGGACUAAAGGCUAUUUUUGUCUUUUUCCCUAAAUGCUAUGAUCGAUCUUUCUCAUGAUCUUAGCUUGCCUUACUCUCUCCACGAGUGGAAUGUUUUGAAUGUAUGUAUAUGCAUCCUAUGUUUCUGUCAUAAUGAAAAUAGUAACCAAAG